AUGAGCGCCGCGGCCGCUCAGCACGACCCGGCGCACGCCAACGAGCCCCCGCGCGCAAAGAGGAGACCUCGGGUCGCUGUGGCCUGCAAGCGCUGCAAGCACCGCAAGCAAAAGUGCAACGGCCAGACGCCAUGCAGCAAUUGCCUCGACUUUGGCCUUGGUGAGGCCUGCGAAUAUCCUCCAGCCAGGGCUAGGCCUGUCGUCACCACGCCCCAGCUUCAGUCCCAACAGCUGCAGCCGGAUCAGUCCCAUCAGCAACAGAACUUCCUCCCGCCGCCGCCGCCAAUUCCAAACACCUUCCAGCAAUGGGACAAGGCUCCCCUCAGACCGGACCAGCAGGUCUACAGCCAGUCGCAACUCCCCACGCCCCCUGAUGCCGCCACCCUGGCCCGGCAGUCGAUCGGGACUCGGGUCGCCGCCCUGGAGACUGUCCUUCAGAGCGAGCCCAUGGCCGCCCCAUCCCCAAAGGCCGCCGAGGCCAGCCAGAUUGUCGCCGCCUUCUCGCCGUCCGCGCUACCAAAUUCGUCCUCCUCGGAUCACCACAAGACGCUCUACUCGCCAGCAGUAUCCUCGUCCUCCUCAACAAGGUCGCCGUCGCACGGGGUCGCGCUCAAGUCCGUCAAGGAUAUCAUCUCCGAGCUCAGGCACGCGUCCUCGCGGGAGCCGCCGCCCUCGUGUCGCAUGGCCUCCAUGAACCAGAUGAUUGAUGCCGUGAAGCAGGCGCGCUCUUUUGACAUCACGACGUACAGCCGCCACAAGUGGGAGCACCUCAGCCUGCCACCCCUGCGCGGGGCGCCGUCGCCCCCGUCCGACGAGUCCACGGCAUGGCCGCCUUUCGAGAUCGCCAGUCAGCUCCUGCAAGCGUAUAUCAGCCAUGUCGCCCCUCUGCACCCCAUCAUGCACACCCCGUUCUUGCAGUUGCUGCAUAAGCAGCGCAGCCAGCUGAACGAUGUUGUCCUGACGAGUAUCCUCCACCUCAUCUACGCCAUCGGCAGCACAUAUCUCAAACAGACAGGCAACAUCCAUGCUCGCGGCUUCGACGCCGAGAUGCACGUCGACGCGGCGAUGCAGCACCUCGAGGAUGUCCUCAUCCCGCAGAACAUCCGCUCGGUCCAGUUCCUGCUGUUCCUGACGAUAUACAGCCUGCGCCGGCACCAGGUCAGCAACGCCUGGACAUAUGCGGACCUUGCGAUGCGGCGCUGCGAAGAGCUCGGCUUGAACCGCCGCGCUGACCCCACGACGAACCAGAUCAGCCCGCUCAACCUGGAGAUGCGCAAGAGGGUGUUCUGGACGGGGUACUCGCUUGAUCGGCACAUCUCGGGUGUGCUCGGCAAGAACCCGGCUAUCGCGGAUACCGUUAUUGAUAUCGAGCUUCCCCUGGACAUUGAAGAGAAUAUCGAGAGCAACAUGACGAUCGAGGCUGCGCAGCGCGAUGCCCUUGUCAAUGCGCCGGACAUGAUGAAUGCCAAGCCCACGUCGCUCACCAACUUCAUCCACGUAUGCCGGCUGCGCAUCAUGGAGUCCCAGAUCCGUGGAUCCAUGGCCAGCGAGACUAGCAUGCCGUGGACUUGA